AUAAAGUAAAAAUAUAUUAUAAAAAAGUAAUGAAUUACAAUGGAUAUUCUUCUUUUACAUGAUUUAAGAACUUGUUCGAGCAGAUUUUUCUCCAACAUAUAGUACAACGACAUACAAUGUCAUCGCGGCAGUCUGCACAUCGUGCUGCGGUCAUUUAAUUGCCGCAGUCACAGACACAGGAACUUCUUAACAGUGCCAUCUGCUGUAGUCUCUCAACGAUCACCUAUUCUCUAAAAUCUGCUGUAAAACGAUCUUUUCUCCAGGGCACAACAUGGUUUUCGGAAAGGCCUAUCUUGCUUGACAAAUCUUCUCAUUGCACGAGAAGAGUGGGCUGCGGCAAAGGAUCGGAAUGCUCCUGUGGAUGUAAUUUUCAUAGAUCUAAGUAAAGCCUUUGAUAAGGUUUCACACUCUGGUCUUAAAUUCAAACUGAAACGUUUUGGAAUCCAUAACACAGUCGUCGAUUGGAUAAGUAACUUUCUCCAUGACAGGAGACAAAGGGUAAGGGUUAAUGGGGCUCUCUCCUCGUGGGUACCUGUAAAAUGUGGGGUUCCCCAAGGCACAAUCCUAGGUCCUCUUCUCUUUUUACUUUAUGUAAAUGAAUUGCCAACUGUAGCAAAAUCAUCCGUUCUACUCUUCGCUGAUGACAUAAAGAUUUGGAGACCCAUACAUAGUAUGUCGAAUAGAAUAGUAUUACAGGACGAUCUUAGCUCAUUGGUGGCAUGGUUAGACAGGUGGUCACUAGAAGUAAAUCCUAAUAAGAGUGUAGUGAUGCAGUUAAAUAACUCUGAUGAAUCGUAUGACUAUACACUACGUGGAUUCGUGCUACACAAAGCAAGAAACUAUAAAGACUUAGGAGUUAUAUUAAGCAAUGAUCUCAAAACGACUAGUCACUGUAAGGCUGCUGCUGCAAAAGGCUAUAGGGUAUUAUGGUCAAUUCGUAGGUCUUUUCAGUAUUUAGAUGAUGAAAUGUUUGGAUUACUAUACCCGAUUUAUGUGCAACCACAUUUAGAAUACGGGAUUCAAGUAGCGAGUCGUCGAGACUCGCAUCGACGACCAUUCGAAUCAGCAUACGAAGGACCCUUCAAAGUUCUUCAACGUGAAUCUAAGUACUAUAUAGUCGAUAAGAACGAAACAAACGAUAGCAUCAGCAUCGUUCGCUUAAAAGCAGCGUAUUUAGAAGGAAAUCCUAUCUACGUGGAUUUUCCUUCGGUGCAAUCGCACAACACGACUCCUACACUCAUAAUUCCUCAACCGACAACCAACACUAGCGAUGAUACACCGAAUGUGUCUGAUAAUAAACCUAAAACGACGCGUUCUGGAAGAAGAGUAAGAUUUCCAGAACAUUUAAACGACUACUGCACGUAAGGCACUACUCGACAUUUUAUAUUAUCUCGAUUUUUCUUUUACGAUAUAUAAUAUUUCAAAAAAAAACAAUUUUAGUAUGCCUAUAUAUUUAUAUUUUUAUUGAAAACAAAAAACAAAAAAAUUAUUUUUUUAACGCUAUUACGUGUGUUUGAAUUUAUUUUCCAUUUUUCGCCGACAUUGUGUUUUUACGCACAUACGAGUGUAUUUUGACAUGCACUUACACUUUCUUUUUCCUUUCUAGGACGGCUGGAAAAGAACGAUGCAGUUUACGAGGAGUCGAAAUUUUCGUUGUAACUCUUUCUUUUUUACUAUGUUGUACCUCGGUCCCAUAUAGUAAGGAAAGACGACCAGACGCUGCUACACUUAGUAAGCUAUCAGAAGAGUGUUUACCAACGACAAACUCGUUGAGUGUAAACUUCUGGCUGGCCACGUCUUAGGGUCGUCACUGCCCCACUAGGGGAGAGUGAUCUGUAGCGGUAAAUAAAUCCUCAAAACAAAUAUUUCUAAGUUCUCGACAUUGGAUGCUGACCAUAUAUUUUAGUGGACUCAUCUAGCUGAAGGCGCUCGGUCAUGCAUCCGCACCAGAUCACGUGUGGUAACGCCGUGCUCAACAUCAACCGCAAUCGCUAGCUAGAUUAGAUCAGAGAAUUCCGAUAUAUUGGUUAUCGCCAAAUACACUCUUCCGAUC